ACAGCCCUUGAACGCAGCGCUGCUCCCAUCCUACGUGAAUGCAGCAUAACGUGUUGAGUUGAUCCAUGGCAACACAGGAGCAGCGAGCAGCCGCGGAGUCAGUCCCACACACUCACCUUCAAUAUCUACUCACUCUCCGUCAGUGUAGCCAGAAUAAACCGAGCAGGAAUAUAGUUUACAGCUCCGGCUGAGAAAUUUCUCUGUCAAGGUGACCGACCGGGCGCCAGUCAGCUGCCCGAAAACAGCUCCACAUCAGCGCCAGGUGACAGCAGCCGGGACCCGCACCUCGGAGCACUGAAAACGGCCACAUUUUGAACGGACAAGAUGGUAGCGGCGAACGUUUAUGGGGCUUAAAAUAACAGAUUCCCUCCUCGGGUGUACUGUUAACGGAGCCGAGCAAAAUGGAGCCAAUUUCUAACAGUAUGUGGGCUAAAAAUGGUUCGUAUUUUUAAUUAAUUUUCCUUGUGUCUCGGGAACAGUCAGACACUGUCCCAGUCCGCCCCGCCGCUCCCUGACAGCCCCAUUAGCUCCGUCCAGUUCAUAAUUACAGCCAAUAUCUCCUGAACAUUUGAAGCAUCUUCGUGAAGAUGGCGACUGGGUCGGGUUGGCAGCAGUAUUACUGCCCUGCCGGGCAGGGGAAAUUUAGUUCAUCCUCAGCAACCAACAUGUCCUUUCCGUCCGGCAUCGCCAUGGAAUAUACCCAAGACCUGCACCUGAAGAUGAGCAAGAAAAUAGCACAGCUAACAAAGGUUAUAUAUGCACUGAACACAAAAAACGAUGAACACGAGGCAGCCAUCACCACCCUGAAGGAGGCCCACGAAGAGGAGGUGCAGCAGAUCCUCUCAGAGACCAGAGAGAAGAUACUACAGUACAAGAGUAAGAUCAGCGAUGAGAUGGACCUGAAGCGCCGCAUUCAGUCGCUGGAGGAGUCUAUGGAGCUCCAUGAGAGGAUGAAGAGACAGGCGCUGGCUGAGUUUGAGAACUACCGUCAGAGGGUGGAGGACAUGCAGCUUUGCACUGAAGCUCAGCACACGCAGCGUGUGGUGUCCAUGUCGAGGGAGGUGGAGGAGAUGCGCCGUUCUUUUGAAGAGAAGCUGCGUACAUUCAGCCAGGCCCAAGCCCAGUUUGAGCAGGAGAAGAAAACUGCUCUGGAGGAGCUGAAGGCCCAGCACAGACAGGAAAUCCAGGAGCUCCUCCGCAGCCACCAGAGCCAAAGCGCAAACUACAGUAAAGACCAGGAGAAACUGGGACAGCUCCAUAAAGCCGAGGUGGAUUCUUUGACGGAGCGGGUGGAGGAGCUCAAACAAGACAAGAAGAGACUGGUGGAGGAGUAUGAGGCCAAACUCAGCAAGGCUCAGGCGUUUUAUGAACGCGAGCUGGAGGCCAUGAAGAGGACCCAGCAGCUGACCGCCGACAACUUGCUGGCAUGGAAACGCACCGAGGCCGAGCUGCGGCGGGAAUUUCAGACUCAGGAGGCGGCGCUCCAGAAAACCCUCGGGAAACUGAGAACCGAGCUGGCGAGGGUAACAGAUGAAGCCCGGGAAAACCGGGAGCGGUCCCACAAGCUUCAGGCGUCACUCAGUGCUGCUGAGAGCACCAUCAAGGACUUAAACAAGCAGCUGGACGAAGUGACCCAGAACUCCGAGAUUGUGGAGAUCCGUCAGAAAGAGGCGGAGUGUGAACUAGAGGCAGCCAGAGAUCGAGUUCAGCAGCAAGCAACUGAAAUACUGCUCAAAGCCAGUCAGAUAAGCAGCCUGCAGGCUACCCAGAUGACCCAGGAAGCAGUCAUCAGGGACCUGGACAAUGAGCGGAGCCGGCUGAAGGACAAGGUGCUGAGGGUGGAAGAAGAAAGGGAGGCCCUGCAGAACCAGAGCCAGGCCCUGGAUGAAAGACAGAAACAGCAGAUCCAGUCCCUGGAUAAGACCCUGCGUGAGGAGAAGGCGUCCCACGAGAAGGACGUGAACAACAUGCGAGCUCGAUACGAAGAGGAGGCCACGCAGAUGAAGGAGAGCCAGGCUCGAGCUCUGGAGGAAGUGGCCAAGAAGCACAGAGCGACCCUGGAAAACACUCUGAGCAGCGCCGAGAAGGACAAGACCCGUCUGCUGGCUGAGCUGGAGCAGCAGUUCGAGAAGGAGCGCCUUUCACUGGAGGAGCAGAAGACGCUCCUCAAACAACAGCUGGACGAGCUGAGGGAGGAGAUGACCUCCAAACUCACUGCAGCUGACGAGGAGGUGUCUCGGCUGCAGCGGGAGGUGCAGCAGGGGGAGCAGGACCUCGGAACAGCUGAUGGGCAGAUCUCCACACUGAAGGAAGCGCAGGACAAACUGCUGGAGGAGCUAGAUGCUACCAGGGCCCGACUGAGAGAGACCAGCAACCUGCUGACAGCUCUGCAGGGAGAGUUGGAGACCCAGAAACGUCAGCAUGAAGCCAAACUCAUCACCACCAAAGAAGAAGAGAAACUUAAGAUGGACAAGAUGGCUCUGGAGCUGGAGCUCAAAUGGACUGAAACACUCAGGCAGGAGUGUAAGAAGCUACGUGAGGAGCUGAGAGAGGAGCAUGAGGAGGACAAGGCCUCAGCUCUGAAUCAGCUGGCACAAAGCAAGGAGCAGGAACUGAGCAGUGCCAGGGAGAGCUGGCAGAGGAAAGUGGAGGACCUGCUGGAACAGAUCUCCUUGUUGAAGCAGAGCCUGGAGAUGCAGCUGUCCCAGUCACAGUCUUCGCUUCAGCAGCUGCAGCACCAGUUCAGCCAGGAGAGGGAGCACCUGAGGAUGCAGCUGGACGAGCUGCAGACGGAGCACCAAAGGAGGCAGCAGCGUCUGCAGGAGGUCCACUGCUGCGCCAUGCAGGACCUGGAGCAUGCCAGGCAACGAGACCUGAAGGAGCUGGAGGAGCGUCUCCGCCACCAUCACCUUGCAGAGCUGCAGUCUCUCAGAGAGGCUCACCGCCAGAGCAUUGAGACGCUCAAACAGCAUUCAGAACAAGAGCUGCAAACGCUCCGCUUUGAACUGGAGGACGAGGGCAAAGCCAUGCUGGCCUCUCUGCGAUCAGAGCUGAACCACAUCCACGCGUCUGCCAUCGAACACCUGAGACAAACCCACCAGCAGGAGUCAGCUGCAGCCAAGGUGGAGCUGGAGAAAACACUGGAGAACAACCGGACACAGGAGCGCGAACUAUUGGGCCGCAUCACGGAGCUGCAGGAGGAGGUGUCCAGGAGGAAAAACCACAUCGCUCAGCUGGACCACCAGAUCCACACUCUCAACGAGAACAUCAGCACUCUGACUAAAGAGCUGGAGCUCAAGGGCAAGGAGGUGCUUAAGAUCCGCAGUGAAGCCAAUCAGCAGAUCAGGGCUCACGAACAAGAGCUAACAAAGCGGCACGAGAGAGAGCUCGCCGAGCUGAGCGCUGUCCACAGCAGAGAGACGCAGAACAUGCUGUCAGACUUCAACAAGGCCCAGGAAGUGCUCAAAGACAAGAUCUCUGCCCUUCAGAUACUGCUGGAAGGAACGGAGGAGAAGUUCAGAAACAGGGAGAGUCGUCCGGAAGAUCUGCAGCACAUCGCUGAGCUGAAGGACAUGGUGUCUGAGAGGGAGACUCUAGUGAAGAAACUGGUGGAUGAUAAGAAGUUCUACCAGCUGGAGCUUGUCAACAGGGAGACCAACUUCAACAAAGUGUUCAACGCCAGCCCUAAUGUAGGAGUCAUCAACCCGCUCAUCAAGCAAAAGAAAAAGAAUGAGAAAACAGCAGCCAGCAGAUUCAGCAGCUCUCCUAAUCUCGGGGCUCUGGAGGCAGCAGGGCCGGGGCACGGCCAGCCCAGCCGUCUAGAGCCCAUUCCCAACUCCCCCCUCCACCACCUUGAGCUCAACUCCAACAAACCUCUUCCCCCGCCGACCCCUCCCACCGAACCCAAGAAAUUCAUGAGCCCUCCUGAAACGAAGGACUCUGCCAUCGACUCCCCGGACGCCCAGCGCCAGGAGUGGUUUGCUCAGUACUUUUCCUUUUGAUUGGCCACAAACCUGCAAACAAGAGGAUCCAGCAUGUCAACUGGACUUUAGUAAAGAAAAAAACUAAACAAAAAACACAAAGUGAAAUAAACUGUUCUAGCUAUUUGUUCUUUACUGUCAUAAGUAGGUCUGGGGAUCAGUUCACUUUAGAUUCAGUCGACUGAAGCUGUCAUUCAUGGUGUGAGAGUUAAUACUUGCUGAUCUGUCAAUGAGAUGCACAGAACUUGAUGUCAUUAAUUUUCACUUUAGUAAAAACGUAGAGGUGACCCACUUCCUGCUGGUGACUGGGGUGAAACUGAAAUGAACCUGAUCCUGACCGUCAUACAUCAUCACUCUGAACCGAUUGUUUGAUUAUCUCUGAUUGUUUCACUGUGAACAAGUUUCUCUCUUAGUACAGUGACAAUGAUCAUCAGUAUGUUUGAUGUUUAUUUUCUUUACCUCCUAACCUAUUUUGCAGUUUCUUGGAACUAGAAAAAAAUGAGUGGUGCAUUAUCAUGCUGCUAAUUGCCAUUGUUGGACCACAAUAAGAAGUAUAUACAGUAUAUGUAAAGAUAAAGAAAUAUAUGGUAGGUUAUUGUGCUCUCUCUGCAUACGGCAUCUUAGACCAGCAAGGCUGAUCUGAGACCAGCUUGCCUCUUCAUUCAUGGUGACAUUUACACGGUCCUGAUCCUAGAUCGGUUGCACUUCUCUGAUAUGCUCCAUGAAUGCAGGCUCUGAUUUUAGGACGGCUCCAUCAUGGCAAGUUUGUUACAGCUGCAUAGAAGUUUCAGCAGAUUUUGGUAGAAUAUUAAAACCUGUUUGUAUGGUUGUCUGUCUCAAAACAGAUAUAAUGAUGUCUCACCAAUUUUAAGAACAAAAAUAGCAUUUUAUAUUUAUAUUAUAAUGU